ACUCCCAAGGGACACCAUGAAAAACUCUUCACGUGAAAGAUCUGAGCUUCUGACAUAUAACAUAUUUUUUCUAUCCAUUCACAUUCACUGUGCACCACGUACGUAACUGUAAUUUCAAAACCAAGGUAUCAACUGUCAAAUACUCGAGGAAAACAACGACGUUUUGAUCUCUUCUUGAGUUUCGCGCGAUAUUCCAUACUAGUAGUACUCUCUCUUUCUCUGCCACUUCUUUUCCAGAUUUUCUCUCUCUUUUUGUCCCCAAUUCACGAUCCCUUACGUUCUAAUCUGGGUUCUAUUCUAUAUCCCCCUUCUCUCUCUCCUCUUUCUCUCCCAUGGAGACACUGCAAACAUUUCGUGUAGUUUCUUGCAAAUCGGCUCUGAUUCGAACAGAGACUUCCCCAAAUUUGGGUGUGAUCAGAACAGAAAAUAUCGUUUCUGUGUGGACACAAAACAGAAGAAAUCAAACUCGCUCUCUGUCACUCAGAAGAUCAGUUAAAGAUAGGAACAAUGGUGGGAUUCAGACUUCUUCUCAAGAUGGGCCUUCAACUUUGAAAGAAAAUGAUAAGAAGAAAGGCCUCAUGUUGGGCACAGAGAGAGAUGUCACUGGUUCUGUUGUUGGGUUUCACUUGAUUCCUCAAUCUGGUCACACUAGUGUCAUUGACACUAAUGGUGCCCUAGCUGCUGAUAGAGAAGAAGUGACUGAGGAUGUUGGAAGCGAUGAGGAAAUCCCUACCAGAGUAACACAUAAUAUUGUAUUUGUUACUGCUGAAGCAGCACCAUAUUCCAAGACAGGAGGCUUAGGAGAUGUUUGUGGUUCUUUGCCUAUAGCACUGGCUGCCCGUGGACAUCGUGUCAUGGUUGUUUCUCCUAGAUAUUUGCAUGGUGGUCCUUCAGAUAAAAAUUAUGCCGGUGCAUCGGAUCUUGAGUGUUGCAUCAAGAUAUUUUGCUUUGAAGGAGAACAGGAGGUUUCUUUCUACCAUGAGUAUAGGGCAGGUGUUGAUUGGGUAUUUGUGGAUCAUCCUUCAUACCAAAGACCUGGAAAUCCAUAUGGUGAUAUUUUUGGUGCGUUCGGUGAUAAUCAGUUUCGGUUCACUUUACUUUGUCACGCAGCGUGUGAAGCACCCUUGGUGCUUCCAUUAGGAGGGUUCACUUAUGGAGAGAAGUGUUUGUUCCUAGUUAAUGAUUGGCAUGCAGGCCUUGUGCCAGUACUUUUGGCAUCCAAGUAUCGUCCAUAUGGAGUUUAUAAGGAUGCUCGAAGUAUCCUUGUAAUACAUAACCUUGCACAUCAGGGAGUGGAGCCAGCUGUGACUUACAAAAAUUUGGGACUGCCUCUUGAGUGGUAUGGAGCGGUGGAAUGGGUAUUUCCCACGUGGGCCAGGACUCAUGCCCUUGACACUGGUGAAGCAGUCAAUGUUUUGAAAGGUGCGAUUGUGACAGCUGAUCGAAUACUGACAGUUAGUAAGGGUUAUUCUUGGGAAAUAACAACCGUUGAAGGUGGAUAUGGUCUGAAUGAGCUAUUGAGUAGUCGAAAGAGCGUGAUCAAUGGGAUCACAAAUGGCAUUGAUGUUACUGAGUGGGACCCAUCUACGGAUGAGCAUAUUGUUUCCCAUUACUCCACUCAUGACCUCUCUGGAAAGGUUCAGUGCAAGACCGAUUUGCAAAAGGAAUUGGGUCUUCCCGUUAGGCCUGAUUGUCCAAUGAUUGGAUUUAUUGGGAGACUGGACUACCAGAAAGGUAUUGAUGUAAUUAUGUUGGCCAUUCCAGAUCUUAUGCAAGAUGAUGUCCAAUUUGUUAUGCUUGGGUCCGGGGACAAGCAAUGUGAAGACUGGAUGAGAGCAUCCGAGUCAUUUUAUAAAGACAAGUUCCGUGGUUGGGUUGGAUUUAAUGUGCCUAUAUCUCAUAAAAUAACAGCAGGCUGUGACAUAUUAUUGAUGCCUUCAAGAUUUGAACCUUGUGGUCUAAACCAGUUGUAUGCAAUGAGAUAUGGAACUGUUCCAGUAGUUCACAGCACUGGAGGACUUAGAGAUACAGUGGAGGUUUUUAAUCCAUAUGCUCAAGAAGGCUGUGGUGAAGGUACCGGGUGGACAUUUUCUCCUCUAGCAAGAGAAAGUAUGUUGGCGGCACUAAGAACUGCUGUUAAGACGUACAGAGAACAUAAAUCUUCCUGGGAGGGUUUGAUGAAGAGAGGAAUGGAGCGGGAGUACACAUGGGACGGUGCUGCAGUUCAAUACGAGCAAGUGUUUGAAUGGGCCUUCAUCGAUCAUCCUUAUGUUGGCUGAGGUGAUUAAAUAGAAGAAAAGGAGAGAGAGAGAGAGGAGAAAAAUAUCCACAUAUUUUCUAGUAUUUAGUUGUUUUCACCAUAGAUGACAUGUUCGCAGUCAUAUUAGAUGUGUGUGCUAUUACUCACAGAAAUGGUUUUGUUCAGAGUUGAGGUAGCAGUUUCCGCCUUUAUUUUGGUCAUUCUGUUUGCUGAGUAUAACUUCUGUAAUUGCACCUUAUUGAUCAAUCAUCUAUAGGAAUCGAAAAGGCUAAGUCCAGUCUUAUAUUGGGUUUUAUAUACAACAUUUUUAAUAAAAUGGUUUGCAAUAGCUGGCUGGUUUAUGUUUCA